AUGAGUGAAUCUUCCCCAUUUGGUUCUUUUCAUCCUGAUGAAAGUUACACCACUCGUAUUAAAAAUAUUUUAACCGAGUAUCCGGAUGGAUCCCAAAUUCUUAGAGAAAUUUUACAAAACUCUGAUGACGCAAAAAGCACUGUUCAAACUUUCAUUUUGGAUCAUAACACUUAUUCUACUGAAAAAUUAUGUGAUCCAAGACUUGAUCGGUAUCAAGGUCCUGCACUUUUGGCUGUUAACGACACCAUUUUUCAACCUGAAGAUUUUAAAUCUUUGUUGAAUUUGGCUAAUAGCGAAAAAAGAGAUAAAUUUGAUAAAAUUGGAGUUUUUCAUAUUACUGAUGUUAGCUCCAUUAUUUCUGGGUCAUCUUAUGUUCUUAUUGAUCCUCAUGCUCGUGGUUAUUGUAAUUUGCCAAUUGGCCAACGAGGUUUCAAAGGUGAUUUCGUAGAACACGAUCUAGUAAAAAAGUUUCCUGAUCAAUUCAAGCCGUUUUCAGUAGCUUUAAAUAAUAGUUUAGAUGAAUUUUAUAAUGGAACAAUAUUCCGAUACUCCCUUCGUACGAAAUUGGAUGGUUCAGAAUCCGAAAUUUCUGAUAAAAUAUAUCGAAUUGACCAAAUAAAAGAAAUGUUUGAAACUUUUUUUCAAGUUGAUAACAUUACUUGUCUUAUGUUUUUGAAAUACAUUGAAAGAAUAUCAUUCUACGAAAUCGAAAAAGGUCAAACUGUUCCUAAACUUUUGUAUCAAAUUGAAGUUACUAAUGCUAAAGAAAUAUCGGACAAGAGAAAAUUAUUGGCUAAUAAUAUAAUGUCAAUAAUAAAAUCUCCAACAAAUACUGGCGCUUUUGAAACUAUUUACAAAAUGAAAUUUUGUCAAAGUUCUUCUCAAUCUAAUAUCAAAAGUGAAUGGUUAAUUAUCAAUUAUAUUGCUGAUGUCAAUGAUAAAAAUUAUACCGGAUUUAAGAAAUAUAUUCGUGAUUGUAAAUUUGUGCCAAAUGUUGGAUUGGCUGCAAGAAUAGAUGAUGUGUCAAAGAAUAAAGGAAAGCUUUAUUGUUUUUUACCUUUGCCUGGGUAUAAAGAUGAUUUUUCGGUUUCAAUCAAUGGCUGCUUCGCUGUUAGUAAAAACAGAAGGAAUUUGGAAGUUUCUAUGGAUGAAGAUCUGGCAUCAGGUGAUUUAUUACGUCUUAAAAGCACAUGGAAUAGAUAUUUAUUUGAAAACGUUAUCCCAGUGGCAUGGAAAAAACUUUUAUCACAAGUAAAAGAAUAUGUAUCAUUUGAACAAAUCUAUACUCUUUGGCCAAUACCUGCGGACGGAUCUUAUCGAGAAUUAGAUGAAAAAGAUUGUCUAUGGUUUAAUCUUUUACAGAAUGUUAUUAAUCAACUUGAUCCUAGUCUUUAUGUUUUUCGUGGUCCAUCAAAAUAUUUAUCAAUUAAAGAUGGAUAUUUAAACGACAAGAAAUUUGAUAAAUUUACAGUUCUUUCAGAAAUAUUAACCAGAUUAGAAUUUCCAAUCUUUGUAAAUAUUCCGGAACCAAUAAUCACCAAAUUGGAACAAGAUAUUUCAAAACAUAAAAAUCUUUUGAAUUAUGUUACUCCAGAAAAAGUCUGUGAAUUUAUUCUUGAAAAUUUGAACGGAUUAAAUAAUCUUGGUCGUCAAGAAAAAUUGAUUUUAUUGGAAUACGUUCUCAAAGUUAAUGAUAUCUCUAAACUUUAUGGUCUUCCUUUGCUACCACUCGAAAAUCAAACCUUUACUACUUUCGAAUCUCAAACCCGGAGUAAAUUUUACAUUGCUAGUAAAAAUGAACAUACUCUUAUUAAUGAAGAUUAUCUAGGAGGAAUAGUUGAUACCACAAUCGGGAAUGAACUUUUAUCAAUAUUGCAAAGUUAUGCAACAAAUAAAAAGAAUAUCAAUAUACAAAUUCUUUCGGAUAUUGAUUUUGCAGAAUUUCUUAAAAAAUCAUUAAAUAAAUAUAAAAUAUAUUCUGAAAAUUCUCAGGACAUUCGAGAAUUACAAAUAGAAACAAAUCAGAUGCAAUGGAUAUAUAAAAUUUGGAAUCAUUUAAAAUUGACUGAUAGAAAUUUACAAAACUUUUCGGAUGUUUAUCUUUUACCAAUCGAAAAUAACAGUGAUGUUAUUACCUUGAGAAAAUUAAAAGAAACGCCGAAAUGUUUAUGUCGUCCAUUACGUGUUUCAACUCCAUUGUUGCAAAAUUUGAUUUCUCCAUUGAAAUCGUUGGGGUCAACCUUUGUAGAUAUUAAGUUUGAAAAACAAGUAAUCUCUAAAUAUGAAGGUCUUAGAGAUUAUGUGAUUGAGAUUAGUAAUAUUACGGAUGUCUUUUCAUCUCUCAGAGAAAAUCCUUCUUUUCCUUCAAACAUUACUCAAUCUGAUCUAUCAAAGCGUCAAAAAGAAGAUUUAAUCGCCUAUAUUGGUGCUUAUUUACGAUGCGAAUCUUCUUUUGAUCAAAAAGUUGUAGAUGUAAUCAAGCAACUUCCAAUAUUUCACGAAGUGAACAAGAACGAUACUAUAAGUAUCGAUUCAUUGGAUACAGCGGAAAAGAAGUAUUACUUACUUCCUAAAGAAGAUGAAUUAACAUGUGGACUUAUUAUUUCUCCUUGUGCAUUCUUGGAUGCUCAUACUUCUGAUGACACUUGUUUUAUUCUUGAAAAUGUGAUCAAAGUAAAACGAUUAGGUCAAAACGAAUAUUGGAAAGAACAUGUUAUUUCACAAUUAGGACUUCAAUCACCUCGUAUUAUGGAUCAAGUGAUUGUAAAGCUUUUUGAGAGAUGGACAUUAAUUAAACCUUUUCAUAGUCAACUUUCAAAAAUAGCAUUCGUUAAAACUUCUUCAGGUCGUAAAAAACCAAUCGAGCUUUUUGACCCAGAAAAAAUUUGGAUAAGAGAAUUGUUCUUUUCGGAUGAACCAUUCUUCCCUGCCAAAAAGUAUCCAACUCUUGAUUACCUUUUUAAAUUAGGUGAAUUAGGAAUGAAAAAAUUGGUAACCAGUGAGGAUAUUAUCAAUCGAAUAGAAGUAUAUAAAUCAAGAAUGAGUCAAAGUCAAAUUGAUGAAGUACAUUUAAAAUCUCUUUCACUUUUAAAUUAUAUCGACAAUAAUUAUGUAGUUUUUAAAGAUAACAUCUCAUUUCAAGAAAAGAUUCGAUCAGAACAAUGGAUUCCAACCAUUAACUCAGAUGCUCAACCUUUAUUUUCAAAAUCCUCAGAUUGUCGAGAUCGAUUACAUGCAGCACUGGUUUCUUACACAUUGCCAAUAGUUAAUCAUAAAAUAAUGAAUGAUGAUUUACGUCAAGUUCUCGGAUGGGAUAGUAUUCCUCCGACAGAGAUUGUAAUAAAUCAAUUAUUACAAUCCUUAGAAGUAUUGAAAAGAACAAAAAAAUUUAAUAUGAUUGAUUAUAAAAUUCGAGAUCAAAUUAAUGCAAUUUACAAACAUUUCGUUGAUAUAAUUAAUCGAUCAGAUGGGUCUACUCAUUUAAACCUUUUAAAACAAGAAUUAUCAGAGAAAAAAUGGAUUUUAAAUGAAGAUAAACUUUAUCCGACAAAUAAAGUUGUAUUUUCUCUUCCUAGUUUUAUACCUAAUGGUUAUUGGGUUCAAAUUUCACAUCCAAAUAAAAGAUUUUCACCACUUUUUGAAAAACUUGGUGUUAAAAAAGCACUUGAUACUGAUGAUUAUUUUCGAGUACUUUCUGAUGCAGAUUUUUCAGAUCCAUUACAAAAAAUUAGUGUAAUAGCUAUAAUUGAUAAAUUAACAAAAACCGAAAAAGAUUUAACAGGAUUAUUAAUCCCAAAUAUGGAAUGUCAAAUGGUAGAUUAUAAAACCGUUUUAUAUGAUGAUAUGGGUUCAAGGGUUAGUGAUUCAAUGAAAGAUUUUAACACUUUAGCACAUUCAGAAAUUUCAAAAGAUUUAGCAAAUAGAUUAAAGCUUAAAAAUUUAAGCGAGACGUUCUUAGCAGAUACUAUAGAAUUUCUUCAGAAUGCAGAUGAUGCAGGAGCCACCCGAUUUUGUGUUAUUCUUGAUGACAGUCAAUACUCAAAUAAAUCUUUAUUAAGACAAGAUACUAUGGAAAGUUUACAAGGACCUGCAAUAUGGAUAUAUAAUGAUGGACAAUUUUCUGAAGAAGAUUUUAAAUCACUUUGUAAUCUUGGAAAAAGUAGUAAAUGGUUACAACAUGAUAAAAUAGGAAAAUUUGGUCUUGGAUUUAAUUCAUGUUAUCAUUUUACAGAUUUACCACAAUUAAUAUCAGGAACGGAUGUAGUAUUUUUUGAUCCUCAAAAAUCAAUUCUUCCUAAUAAUAGUUCUGGUGCUAGAUUUAAUUUUAAGAAUUAUAAUGAAGAUCAUGUCUUUAAUAAAUUUAAAGAUCAAUUUGAACCUUUUUUGAAAGUUAAAGGAUGUGGAUUCGACAUUGAUUAUAAUAGAGAAUUUAAAGGAACAUUGUUUAGAUUACCACUUAGAAAAACUAAAAGUUUAAUUUCAGAUGAAAUUGAUAAUAUUAACAAGGUCAUGGAAUCAUUAAACAUCAUAAAGAAUGAUGCGAUGUCAGAAUUAAUUUUUCUGCGCAAUGUAAAAUAUUUUGAAGUAUUUAGAAAAUCCAGUAUUAAAAAGAAUGAUGAUCCAAUACCUUUAUGGCGAGUUGAAAUUACAAAAAAUGCAGAAAAUCGCAAGUUAUAUGGAAAUGAUUUACAAGCAUUUAAACUUGAUGUUCAGCUUGAACUAUUUGUUGAAAAACGGGUGUUAACUAUGUGUAACGAAAAUAACAUUAGCCUAAAUUCGUGGGGUGGAAUAUCUGUCACUAUCCCUGAAUCACCUGAAAAUCCAUUAUUAGCAAAAGAAAUAGCACAGGAUGGAAAUUUUCACGCAUAUCUUUUACUUUCUAUUCCUUCGGGACUUUCUGUGGACAUACAUGCAAGUGGUUGGGCUCUUUCAUCAGACCGAAGAAGUCUCGUAUUUGCUAGUGAUAAUCAAACUUGUAUUAAGAAUGAUGCAAAAGCAACACAAAAUUUUAAAAUCUUGGACCAAGUUCUUCCAGAACUUCAUGUGAAACUUUUUGAAGAAUAUAUAAAGAUAGAAAAACAGUCCAGAUCUAAAUUAUCAACCAAUGCAAAUUUUCAAGGUAUUACACGAUUAUGGCCGAUUCCAGAAAAUAAAAAUGCAGAAAUUUUGAGAUAUGGGUUAAAAGUGAUCGAACUUGCAUCGGAAAAAGGAAGUAAAAUAUUUUGGUCAACGUAUAAGGAUGGUACAUAUGUUAGUUUCAAAGAAUGUGUCUUUGUAACUAAAGAAACACCAAAAGCAGUUGUUCACUUUCUUAAUGAACAAGAAUAUCCAGCAGUUUUAAUAGAAGCUAAACGUUUAGAAGAAUUAGAAACGUUACAACCUCGAAAGGCUAGUCCAGAAUUUAUUAGAAAGAUUUUAAAAAAUAAUGAAAGUAUCUUACAUAUGCAAGAAGAAAAUAUUUUCAUUAUAUUUCAUUAUAUUCUUGAAGAUAAAAAAUAUAAUGACCUUGAAGAUAUUCACUUGGUUCCAUUAUUUAAUCAUAAAUUUGGAAAAUUUCAAAACGGCAAAAUAUAUUACAUUAGUGCGAAAGAACAAUAUAAAUUAUUUCCUACGGCAGGACCAAACCAUUUUAUUCCUAUUGAAUUACUAAAAUCACGAAAAUUAAUAUCAAUAUUUUCGGAUGAAGAUUUUCGUAAAGGAACCAAUAUUAAAGAUUUUGGAGAGCCAACAGUUAAUCAUCUUUUACAUCAAGAAUUACAUAUUGAAUCAGAACGAGAUUGGGAACCAUAUGGUUCAUCGAUUCCAAAUAAACGAUGGCUUGAUGAAAUAUGGAAAUGUAUAGGGGACAAACCUUAUAAACCGUAUACGUCAUUUCCUUUAUUAGAUGUUUAUGAUCCAAAUAACCCAAAUAAACACCAACUCGUAAGCAUAAAAAAUAUAUUGACCAAACCUUUAAUAACAUAUAGUGAUUAUUCAUCACCUUCAGAAAUCAUUCAUACAUUGGCAAAUAUUGGCCUUCGAUUUACUAAACGAUAUGCUGAGUUCCAUAAACUUCCUAUUUAUUCACUAACAGCAUAUAGUGUUUUAGAUAUUAUAAAACAAUACCAGUGCAUUGAAAAAAAUCGGUUUACCAAUAAAAAAGAUAGGGAGGUAUUGUGUCAGUAUUUAUGUAGAAACAUACGUAGAGUAGUGAAUGAGAGAUAUCAAUAUGAACCAUUGGGAAGGUUACCUAUAUGGCCAACACAUGUUAAAGAUUUAGAUGGAAAUCCGAUAUGUAAAGCUAUACUAGACCCUAAUGCAUAUCUGAUACCAAAACCCACAAAUUCAUUAAGAUCGUUUACAUUUUAUCCACCUAAAAACAAAACUACUUAUUACUUUGAUACAACAUUCGAACCAGAUAUGAGAAGCUUAUUGGAAUAUGCAGCAGCUAAAGUACAAGAUAAAUUAAGAUAUAUUAAAGAUGUUAUUGUACCUAAUAUGGGGGAAUCAAUUCCUCAAAAUUUGCAAGAAUCUUAUAUAAAAUUUUUAAUUGAAAUAUUCACCGAUGCUACUAGUAUUGAUGCAUUAAAGGAUUAUUUAAAAGAUUUAAAAGUCAUUCCAAACCAAACAUUUACACUUUUCUGUGCAAGAGAUUUAUUUGAUCAAAAGCAUCAAUUAUUUAAAUUUGUUUAUAAAGAUUCUAAUCGAUUUCUUCAUAAUAGUCUUCAAGAUAAUUCAUAUUCUUUAAAGGUACUUGAAGAAAUGGGAUUUAGAAGAAAUGUUACACCGGAGAUUUACAUUAAAUGUGCAGAAGAAAUUCAAAGUAAAUUUCAAAACAAUGAGAAUGAUUUAUAUAAUAAAAGGGAAAUUAUAAGUUCAGCAAAAAGAACAAUUUUUUAUUUUUAUGAUCACCAAUCAGAAAUAACAUUUUCAGAAGAAGAAUGGAAACAAUUAUCAAAAAUUAAAUUUGUUCCAACAUCAAAAAUCAAAUGUGGACCAAAUAAAAUGUUAAAUGAAUUAUAUUCUCGUUAUGGUAAAAGUGAUUCAGAUGAAUUAGAAUGCUUUGAAAAUUUAUGUCAUCCAAAAUAUAUGAAUCUUGCAUGGACUCAAUUAGCAUUCUUUGAAGAUGAACCACCCGAAAAUGUUUUAAGAAAUUAUGAAAAUCUUGGUUUACCGACUAUUCCAACAAUUAUUAGUCAUUUAAAAGCCAUCCAAUCAACAAUAACAAAAUCGGAUGAAUGGAAAGAGUUGGGAGAUGUUGGUAGUCGAUUAAUAUUUGAAGAAUUAGAACAAAUUUAUAAAAAAUUAGAAAAUGACUGUGAAGAAUUAAGAUCGUAUUUUCCUAAAGGGCUUAAAAGACUUCAAAUAUUUUUGAAUGGUAAAGAUCCAUUUAAUUCGUAUGAUUGGGUUGCAGCACCACAACUUGAUUUAAAGAUUGAAAAAGAUUUCAGUCCAAGAAGAAGAGUUGUUGCCAGUCAUCUUUUAAAAUAUCCGAAACUUUUAGAUUUAGCUGGUGUAAAUUCACCUGAUAUUCCUAUUUGGUCAAAAACAGAACCAAAAGAAGAAAAUACUAAUCGACUAUCUAAAUCUAUGAUAAAAUUUUUAAACGCUGGAAACAACACGCCUUUUAAUAAUGUCUUGUUUAAUGUUAAAGGACAAGAAAUUUAUGCAAACUCUUCAAUAUUAAUUUGUGCAGCACCAUAUUUUGAAGACUUAUUCUCUGAACCUUCAACAAAUUUUAAUCAAACAUAUGAUGACAUUGAACCUGAUUCAUUUCGCAUAUUAUUAAGGUGGUUAUAUGGAGAAUCGUUAUCUGAAGCUAUACAAAAUUCCGAAAAAAAGGAAAAUGAAAAUACAUUCUUUCAAACUUGCAAAGGUUUAUUAUUAGCAUCUGAAAAAUUAGACAUUGAUAUCAUGAAAGAAUUGAUUGAAUAUAAAUUAGUGAUGUAUAUAAAUGACGAUUUCGUUGAUGAUAAUUUAGGAAAAAUUAAAGUAUUGGCUGAUGAAUUUGAAUUAGAUGAACUUGUUAAAUAUUGUGAAAGCGUAGAAGAAGUAAUGAAAGAUGAAGAUGAAGAGUCAGAUAGUCAUACAGAUGUAGGAGAAAGUAGUAAUGUUACGAUAACUAAAAAAUCUACUAAUAACAACAAUUCAAAGACAAUUGCGCCAUCGAAACCUAAUUUCAUGGAUAGUCUUAAAUUUAGGUUUAUCAAAAGCCGAUUUUCGAAACCAAAUACGAAACGUGGAUCUGAGUCGUAA